AUGGCGUUCAGUCGGGGGAGUUCGCUCUCUACAGCGUCGGCGAGCAGGGGUCUGCCAGUACGGUCUACUUGGCUAGCACAAGUUUGGAAUCACAACGCCGCCAGGAUCAAGCCUCUUGGGCGACCAAGCAAGGCGUGCGCGCUGCUUGAGACAGUGCAUCGAGACACAACGGGGGACAUCAGCUGCACCUGCGACCGGGGCCGGUUGUACUCGCGGGCGCCCUGCGUCCACAAGCUUGCCCUGCAGGCAUUGGAGUCGCCGAGGCUAGCGAGCGCCGUGUCGCUGCAGAAAGGCCCAAGGGUGGUGGAGGUACCAUGCGACAGAGCUGGAGAGCGGGUAUUUGGAGUGUGUUGGAAUGCUGGCUCGCCCUCACCGAAGAGGACGAUGGUUCACUACGGAGAGGCGGCGCAGAUGGGUUGGUUUUGUGAGGGAGAGAAGGACGGUUGCAGCAAGAGGGCCGACUGCUCACAUAUCAAAGAGGUAAAACGAGCUUUGGAUCGACCGGGCGGUGCGGACAAACCGGCCAACAGUGUAUUUUCGGAGAGCCAGCUCGAGCUGGCAGUGACGUCUCUGAGGACGAGGGUGGUAGAUAGUCGGGGAGGGGGUGUCACGGCCCACGGCGGGCCGAGUACCACAGCCUUCGACGUGGACGGAUACAUCGCGGAGCUGGUCGUUGGGAGCCAUGAGAGGGCCGCAUGCGCAGGGCCGGACUGCUUCUGCAAGCAGCAUCCGAGGGCGUUGGGGGGCAAUCAACCCAAUGAGGAGCCCUGCACGGCAAGGUGUUGCACUUCUGCUCAAACGAACGGAAAGCGAGCUCGAUCGGAGCAAGCAGAAAGUUCUGGUGAUGUUGCUGGGGCAUCCGCAAGAUCGAUCAAACGGAGGGGGUGCAAAUCAUACUGGGCGGCCGCUGACCCGGAGCACGCAGAAACGGAGAAGUCAGAAGCUGCAAAUGGUAGCAUGGGGCAGGUCGAGCCGGAUGAGGAUGAGGCUUUCGCGGACGAGACGGGGCGGAGAACGGAUAACGCCCUCCGGAUCGAUGAUCAAGCACCGUUCCUCAUCCCGGUGUGUAACGCCUGCGCGUGCCCCUCCAGUACGUGCCCGCACGGUGCCUCGAGCGGUGUUGCAACGGUCCUACCCAUGGAUGCCGAGGGCGUUCAGCUGGAGGUGCCCAAGCUCGUUCGCCCCAAUGACUCUUGGCAAGUCCAUGACCCCGAGGUGCUGCUGCUGCGAAACCCUGUCAGGGUUAGCGAGCUGACGGCACGGGAUUUCGGAGAGCUGAGUGCUGCGGGGGCCCUCUCAGCUCCGUGCCCCAGAACGGCUCCACCUUGCGGGACCGAAUGGUUGGGGCUCUGGCAGAGAGCACAAAUUCACGACUUGGGUUGGUCCCAGGAGGUCAAGCUCCGGAUCUAUUGCUGCGUGUGUCCCGAGAAGCACACCGUUCACUUCAACGGCGAGGCACUCGGUCUGUACGCAUGGAAACGAGGGGUGGUCAUUACGCAAGCCGCAUGCCAGCUUAUGCUUCGGUCCGUACAACACUCAGGAGCCGCUUUUAAUGCACUCGUGGCAGCCGGAGCGCCCAGUCAAGGCACCGACGGAGGCAACGUGCGGAAGGUCAUGGAGGCCGGAAGCAACUACUGCGCGGCGUCUCUUUUCGGUGGAGGGUUGAAGACGCGUUUAGUGCAGCAGCCGGAAAUCCGCACGCUUAUAGCCCGAUAUAGCGCCCACCACACUGCCGAUCCAGAGCUGGGAAAGACUCCUAGUGCGCGAGAAUAUGAGGAGCUUCUGAUCGCGCUCAAUAGAGACGACGUGCAAGGCGUCACAGACUUCGUUCCGGACCCGGAUGAUGCCGACGCGGACCCCGUCCUCCUGCACUGGCGCCGUUGGGUCCGGGCGGACCAGGUCGGCCAGAUGCGAUCGAAGAACAAAGCAGCGCACGAGCUGCACGACGGCAUCGAGAGAGAAGCCAUGCAAGAGGAGGCUUGCUGGCCUCCGCACUGCCCCAGCAGAUGGGCGGAGCUGGUCUACACUCUCGGCGCGCCGCACUCAGUCUCGGACGACUCCAAUCUCAUCCAGCAUGGGAAGGCCCUGAGUGUCAUUCGCAAGCUGCUCCUCGGGGGAGCCGCAAACGAUGACGACAAGGUCGUGCUAGCAGAGCACUCUCCAAUCCUGCGUCGGCUGCUGGACCACUACGGCGACCGGUACCCUCGCUUCUUCUAUCCGACGCUACAUCAUCUCUACCGGUUGACGCUCUUUGGACGUGGAGCCGUGGGACUCGGGGUGGGGCGGGCGGGAUGGGCGUUGUCGGCCAUCGAAGGCCUCGAUGUCUGCGUCUGGCUAGGGCGAGAGCCGAACCCUCUGACCGUCGAGCAGCAGCAGGCCUUCGACUUUUGGGCAGCCCGGGCAAACGCGCUCCUCCCCGGGGUCGAAAACCUUUCCCCUCCCGCACCGCACGAGUACGCUCUGCUCCCGCCAGAGAGGACGUUGCUCAAUGACAGACUUGGUCUCGAGCCAGACGGGUCGGAGCCAGGGCCCUUGCCCGCGGAUCAUCCCUACGGUCGGGAGCAACGAGAGUUGGGUUGCUACCCGCUUCCAGGGUGGGAGCAAAAACGGCCCCUCCCGCAAUACGAGCCGUUCGAGGACGACCUCGGGAGGUCUCUCCAGCCCAACGAGGAGCAUCGUUGCCGGAGCGGGCUAAUGGUCGGCGAAUUCGAUGCCAAGAUCGCCCUCGAGAGCGGGGUGAAAAAGGCAAGGAGUCUCCGACGGCACACCAAGGGCGGGUUCGUUUUCUGCUGCUCGCAUCGCGUGAUAUAUGGGUUCCACGUGAUGCUUCGUGGGGAGUCGCCGCGAGACCCGUUCACGGUCUUAUACACCCGCCUCAAUCGCCACGAUCUCCCCGCGUACCUGGUCUACGACAACGCCUGCAAGCUGCGUGCCUACGUGAUGCGGAGAGAGCCAACGUUCUUUGCGGAAGUUCGAUUUCUCGUCGACAGAUUUCACUUUCAACGCACAACUUCCGAAGCUCACAAAUGUGGCCCGUCGUACAACCCAGAUUACUACGACUCUGUGCGAUGGGUCAACACCUCUGCGGUCGAGUCAUGCAACGCCUUUCUCGUGAACUUCAAGACGCAAGCAUGGUACAGGAGCCUCGUUGCGCUCAUGAUCAUCCUUGCUAACCUCGUCAGUGGAAGGAAUAGCGAUCUGAAACGGGUUGACGAACCGAAGCUGCGCAUUGCGGGCAGAGCGGACACGUGGUGGCCGGCUGUACGGCAACAUCUCUUGUUGUGUUAG